GAGUAGAGAGACCAUGGGCUACGCUGACGCUCCACUUAGCAAUCCUAACGAUUACAAUAACCACUGCUUUUUUCCCGUUCCUCUAGCGAGCGUUCCAAUCCUAUGCAUAAGAAAUGUUUUAAGAAGCGUUUUGAGCGUUGAAUAAUACGAAAUGGCAAUUAAAAAAAGCUAAAUUAAAUAUACUUAGAUUGCAAGGUAUUAUGUCGUUGGUCACGUGUUAGGCGAUACUCGUGGCUACUCACUGCAGCCUGCAUAGAUCGAUAUCGAUAAUAGUAAAAUGUCUGUAGCCAUCCAAACGUUUUUUUGUCAUUAGCACCUUAUGACUACCUUAAAGAGUAGACAAAAAUUGAGAAAGUUCUUUGUACUUCAAUUAUUAUACUUUAUACCUUUUUUAAAAAAUUAACACAGUUGAGAACAUUUUGCUGAAUACUUAACCGAGAAGUCCUGGCUGUCCAGGAUUCGAUUAUGAAUUAAGAAGGUAUGAGGGAACAGAUGAACAUACCUACCAGGGGCGAUGGGAACCAUCAUAUAUAACAACCAAAUCGGGUUACCUCAUAAAAAUCCACGAGUUUUAUGGACGUCAAUAUUUUAACGUAGGUAAGUACCUAUUCAGCCAAAAACACAUUCAGACUGAAAAACCACAUGAACGGGUUACCUACUAGAAAAUUUCAGUCUUCGCUACCGAUACCUAGUACAUAUCCACUUUCCGGAAAAAUCCUAUUCUUUAAAAAAACUCUAAUAGCUACUCUACUACUACUAGCUCUAUCAUCUACCUCGAAUACUUGUAUACCCAUAUCGUAGAAUUCGUAGGUAGGUAGGUACCUACUCCACAAAAGCACAGAAUACAUGAUAUGUAGGUACAAGUACAGAAGUAUCGAGGCAACCUCAGUCGCCCGAUCUAAAGAUUUUAAAUGUUAAUUCCACGGCGUAAUAACCACGUGCCAAAGUAAAAUCUAAACUUAUUGAUUAUGUACCUACUUAAUACCUACUGGUUUCCAUGCAACUAAUUUGUUUAUUACAAUAGCAACGCAAAGCGAGCAGGACUUAAUAUCUAUCCUAUUGGAAAGAAAUGGUACAAUGUAUCGAUGUUGUGCCUGAGUAAUCAAGUAAUAAUUAUUAAUGAAAGUAUGGAAGAAAUCUGGAAGAAAGAGUUGAUUGAUGAAAAGGAUUUAACAAAGUGUUCCCCAGAUUAUAAUCCACAAGACAUUUAUUUACGUAUGCAGCUAAGGCGAGACAUGGUAAAAGAUACUCACAGUCAUGGUGUUACAGUGCGCACCAAUUGUCAAAAAAAAAACAUCUCGAAGACAAAGAACUGCUAUAAGACUAGAAAGGAAAUAGUAAAAUUACGUGCUUAUUUUCAAAAUAAAAAUUUACAAAACCAAUGUAUGCUAAAAGAUGUAGAUCGUAUUAACCAAAACAGAUAUUUCCGAACAUACAAGAAUGUAUAUCGUGAUAAAGCUGUGCUGAAUAUUGACGAUAAUAAUUUAAUAGAAGAAGACAUUGUGCUAUGCACAAGUAAUCCGGUCGAUGAUCAAGUAAAUUUAAUAAUAGAAAACGAUAGUGAAUUCAAAUUAAUAAAGAAGGAUAAAUGCGAUAUUUUACAAAUGGACAAUAAUCACUCAAAGAAAAGCAUUAAAAAUAUUGAUAAAAAAGAUGAUAAAAUUUCAGGAAUCGUCAGUAAUGAUUAUUCGGAAAUCAAAGCAAUCACUAAAGUUAGCCUUAACCAUAGAUCUUCACCGCCGGCAGCACUUAAUAGUUCUUGUGAUGAAAAUAAAACUAUUAAAAAGGAGAACGGAAUAUGCUCUGAUUUAAUGUCUUCAUAUAAUAAUGAAUAUAAAAAUGAUUUACAGUCACUUUUGAUAAUGAUGACGAUUCAUUCUACUGUCCAUGAAACUAAUGAACCAGAUGAACCUCAAGGCACUGAAGGUGAAGCGCUUGAUGACAAUAUCGGUAAUUUCAAUAUAGACGUGAAGGAUUCAACAAAAAAGAGAUAUGAAUUAUUAGAUGAAACUGAAAUCGGUGAAUUAGAAAAAUUACUGAAUAUACAACCUAUCGUUCAUAGAACUCUUCGUGAAAAGUAUAUUAUUAAAAAAUAUGUUAUUCUAUGGAAAUUAUUCGUGAAGAAGAAUAGAGAAAAUGAUAUAUUACAACAAAGGCAGGAAACUCUUAAUGUAUUUUUUGAUAAACUCGCUAAAAAAAAGAGCAACACAACUUCUGCUACGGAACCAGAGCGAAAAUCACUGUAUCUUGUACGAGACUAUAAUUCAUAUCGACACAGGUACAAACUACAAAAGCACAUUAUUGCGUUACAAAAAGCUAAGUUGGAGGAGCAAAAUAAAGUUAUAGAACAAUUAAAAUAUAACAAAAUAGUCGAAGCAUCUCGCCAAUCUCUAGAUACUAUGAGAGAAGAUAUACGUAAGGCGUAUUACGACAUCGAUAAACAUUUGAAGCCGAAAAUUAAGUGUUUAACUAACGAGCUUAAAUUAAAAGAAUUAGAAGAACCAUCACUCGUUCUCCAUUGCUUAAAAGUACCGCAAUUUCUGCAACGAAUGGAAGCUAGAGCUAGACAGAGAGAAGAGAAACAUGCAAUCAUACGUGAAAGGAGAAAGCAAAUGGAAGAAGAACGGAUACGAUUAAAGCAACAAGCGGAACUUGCUAAAACAGAAAUGGACAAAGAAGAGAAGUUAAAGAGAUUAAGAGACUUAAAAGAAAAAAGAAAAAGAGAAAAGGUAGAAAGCAUUAGAAAAAAACAGCACGCCGAGAGAUUAAGAGCCUUGAUAGUUAUGGCUGAUUUGCACUAUGAGAAAAAUCUUAUGGUCAAAUACGGCAUCAAGCCUUUAAGAAAACUGCUAGAAAUAAAACGUGAUAAUAUGCAAAAAGCUAAAGCGCAUUGUAGAUUUCAAACGCUUAAGAAUACAUUUUUAAACUGGAUGUGGUAUACAGAAGAUAUGUGGUUUGAAAGAAAUUUCAAAGCAGAUGAUUUUUACAGAAAAAAGCUUUUAAGUAAAACAUUUAACAGCUUGAAAAAGAAUCAUCACGAAUUUGUGUUAAAAAAACAAGUAGCAGAGGACUAUUAUGAUUUGUACGUAACACAAGUAGUGUUCACAAAAUUCCGUAAAGGUAUUGAAAUUAUCAAGCAAGAGUUGGAAAUCAAAGUAGUAAAAGCAACAUUGUAUUAUAACAGCAAUAUUUUAUUCAAAACUUUUACCUGUUGGCGGUCUCUACCUGCUCUUAACGCGUUGAAGAGAGAACAAGAUGCCAGAAAGCUAAAGUGGAGGCAGAAAGUGUUAUUGGUUGUGCCAGAUUAUAAACCACCCGAGGACUAGCUUAAUUGUAGUAAAUAAGAUUUUAGGGCAUUCUGGAAAAUUUACGAGGGUUUUCGCAAAUACCGCUCGCCUUACUUCGCGAGUAUAUUAGCCCUUAUUGAUAUGUUUUUGUACAUUGCGCAGCCUUGUGUUAAGAGAUGACCAUAGGUUUUUUUUUUUAAAGAAUAUUUGCCAUAUCUUUUAUAAUAUGACCAAUAUUCUCAUUCCUCUCCAACUAGUCGGUAACACUGUCCUUGGAGUGGGUACGACAAUAGACCAACGGGGCGGGGUUCGAACCACCACGCUUCGGUAAUGAGUCCGACCUCUCCUACCGUUGAGCUAUUGCGGCUACAAAGGUUUGGUAAGCAUCGAUCGGCCUGGGAAACUUUAUGACAUUUCGGAAGUUAGCUGCUAGUAUCGCGUGCAUAAAUUAGGUAGGUACACCUAAAAUCAAGACGUUCCCAUUGAUAAAGUCCCUUUCAUGAAAAAAGUCAUCCAGACGCGACGCUCGUAUUGUCAUUUGUGUAAGGCGCUUUAGCCGCGGGACUUUUUUCCUGAAAAGGACUCUAUCUGAAAUUUUGCGCUGUUCCGAG